AUGGCAGCUUCAAUCUGUUUGAUGCUGUGGGUGUUACUCAUAGCAGACAGUGUGUGGAUGCAGAAUGUGAGACAGGCCUAUGAAGCCCCGGACCCGGAGGCCUGGGACGUGCACGAUGACUUCUACUGCCCCAAAGAAUGCUUCUGUCCACCCAGUUUUCCUACUGCCUUAUACUGCGAGAACAGAGGGCUCACAGAAAUCCCCAUCAUUCCUUCAAGGAUCUGGUACCUCUACCUGGAAAACAACCUGAUAGAGACCAUACCAGAGAAGGCAUUUGCCAAUGCGACCCAGCUGAGAUGGAUCAACUUAAACAAGAACAAAAUAACCAAUUAUGGGAUUGAGAAGGGGGCCUUAAGCCAGCUGAAGAAGCUUCUUUUCUUGUUUCUAGAAGACAAUGAGCUAGAGGAGGUACCUUCUCCACUGCCAAGAAGUUUGGAACAAUUACAACUAGCUAGAAACAAGGUAUCCAGAAUCCCUCAGGGGACCUUCAGCAAUCUGGAAAACCUGACCCUUCUUGAUCUGCAGCAUAACAAAUUGUUAGAUAAUGCCUUCCAAAGAGAUACCUUCAAGGGUCUUAAGAACCUCAUGCAGCUAAAUAUGGCCAAGAAUUCCCUAAGGAACAUGCCCCCAAGGUUACCAGCCAACACCAUGCAACUGUUUCUGGACAACAACUCCAUUGAAGGAAUACCUGAAAAUUAUUUCAAUGUGAUUCCUAAAGUGGCUUUCCUGAGACUCAACCACAACAAGCUAUCAGAUGCAGGCCUCCCAUCAAGGGGUUUUGAUGUGUCCUCGAUUCUAGACCUUCAGCUGUCUCACAAUCAGCUCACAAACUUCCCCCGAAUCAAUGCUAACCUGCAACACCUUCACCUCGAUCACAACAAAAUUAAAAAUGUGAACAUCUCUGUAAUAUGUCCCACCACACUGCGUGCAGAACAGGAUGCCUUCAUUCACGGACCUCAACUGAGCUACUUGCGUCUGGAUGGAAAUGAAAUCAAGCCACCAAUCCCAAUAGAUUUGGUGGCAUGCUUCAAGCUUCUUCAGGCUUUCAUCAUAUAA